AUGUCUACCCAACACCUCGCUCUCCCUCCCGGUGUCUACUAUGUGAAAACUACAGAGAACACCCCACGCAACGUCGUCAAUCCUGGAACCGAUGGCCAGCAACUUUUUGUUUCCACUCCCUCUACAUCUUCCGACCAGCAGUGGUUGAUCUCUGGUAAUGGCAUCAUGAGGGCUCUCAAUGUCACAUCGGGCCGAUUUGCCUUGACCAAUUUGUCUUCCUCUGCGGUCCCUCAGGCAGUUACACGUGCCACUAGUGGCGUUGAGUGGAUCAUCAACGUUGAAUGGGAUGAGGGUAGCAAUUCGUACAAGGGCCCGGUUAUUGCCAACGAUUCCUCUAAGCGUCGCUUCGCACUCAAUGGUAACAACAUCGAGCUCGCCGCCGCCUCAUCGAGCCAGGAAUGGGUCUUCGUUGCCGCUUAA